UGAGGAGGACUCGCGGCCGGGGAACCUGGCGAGGAGGAUGUGCAGGAAGCAUCAGGAGGACCUUUGCGCACUUCCUAAAAAGCAACCUGGCGUGGCAUGUCCGGCAAGCGCCGAACCGGCCGACAUCCUGGAAUUCCCACACAUGGCCUUGUUGGGCUACGGAGACCGAGACAACAUCCAGUACUCCUGUGGCGGCUCGCUCAUCGCCCCCGACUUCAUCCUCACGGCCGCACACUGCGCCUUUCUCUCUGGGAAACCAGUGGGCUGGGCGCUGCUCGGCGCGACCAACCGCACUAACCAGCGGCCCAAGGCCACCGACAUCCACCAGCUGAUAGAGGUCGCAGAGGUCAUCGUGCACCCCGAGUACCGGCCGGGCCGCGCCUACGCCGACCUGGCUGUCGUCAAGCUCACCGCCUCUUACGACCUCCGAGAGUUCCUGCCCGUCUGCCUCAACACGGUGGCCGACGUGCCGCUGCGGACGGGCCUACGCGCCACCGCGGCCGGCUGGAACAUCGUCGGCACCU